GCGCGCCUCGCUAGUUCCGGCGAAAGCCGAGUAAAGCCGCGGCCUUCGCCCCUCCUUCGCCUCGGCGCGUCCUGGAAGCAGCACCGCCUCUUGCCCGGCGUCACUUCCCCGAGAGCAGCUGGAGAAGGAGAAGAUGGCGGCGCUGGGGGAGCCGGUGCGGCUGGAGAGAGACAUCUGUCGGGCUAUUGAGUUGUUGGAAAAGUUGCAAAGGAGCGGAGAAGUGCCCCCACAAAAACUACAGGCUUUGCAAAGGGUCCUUCAAAGUGAAUUCUGUAAUGCUGUGCGGGAGGUAUAUGAGCACGUGUAUGAGACUGUGGACAUCAGCAGUAGCCCAGAAGUGAGAGCUAAUGCCACAGCCAAGGCCACUGUUGCUGCCUUUGCUGCCAGUGAGGGUCAUUCCCAUCCCAGAGUCGUUGAACUACCAAAAACAGAAGAAGGGCUCGGAUUCAACAUCAUGGGCGGCAAAGAGCAAAAUUCUCCAAUCUAUAUAUCCCGAAUUAUCCCAGGUGGUAUUGCUGAUAGACACGGGGGAUUGAAGCGUGGAGACCAGCUUCUUUCUGUAAACGGAGUGAGUGUUGAAGGGGAGCACCACGAGAAAGCUGUGGAACUGCUAAAAGCUGCUCAAGGAAAAGUUAAGCUGGUUGUUCGAUACACACCCAAAGUCCUGGAAGAGAUGGAGUCACGAUUUGAGAAAAUGAGAUCGGCAAAACGCAGGCAACAGAAUUAAUGUAUUACAUGUCACUUAAGGAAAAGCAUGAACUUUGCUUGUCUGGAAACAUCAGACAAGCAACGUUAGAAAAGGAUGUUAAUUUUGUUAAUGCUUUGUCUUUUACAAAUAACUCUUGAACAUCUUAAUGCUUCUGAGAAGAAAAGUUUACAUGGGCGUUUGUAGCUAUGUGGUUUUACAGAUCCUUUCUUUAAAAUUUAAACCUGUAACCAUCAGAACAAAUUUGUAAAGUGUUUUUAAAAUACAUUUUAAUAAGCUUUUUUCAGCAUUUGUAACAUCUGUUUUCUAGUACUUUUUCCCAUUUGGCAUUACUUAAAACUGGAAAUCUUUAUUUUGGAUACAGAUAUAAAACAAGUCUUACUCUUUUUGGCACUAAAUUUAGUCUUCUACAUACAGGUAGUCAUAAUUAUGUGGUCAAGUACAAUUAGUGCUUUUGAUGAACAAGUUUCUAUGCAUGUUCUCAAUCAUAACUUUAUACGGUUAAUGACAUCUUGGACACUUUCUUACCUCUUUUGUGAAUAAUUUGUAACAGGCAGUCUCUUAUAUUUAAUGUUUCAGUGAUUGACAUCACUAGCAGCAAUCAUUCCUAUAAUUUAGAUACUUUUGUACUAAUUUCUGAAUACUUGGAGAAAGUGGAAAGCAUACCUGACUGUAGUUGUGUAUUUAUAUUCAGUAAGGUAAAAUUGCAUGCAGUGCAGAAAAGAUUGUAUAUGUACUCAAGACUUUCUUCUAUUGUAAGUUACUUCUGCAACUGUGUCUACUUGUUCUCUUAACAGUGAUGGAUGUAACCCACAUCAGGUACCUAAGUGGGUGGUGUGCUCUUCCUUCCUAGAGCAUCAGAGUUCUUUCAGUAUGCUGUUUGCAGUUGUCAUAGUGACACAGAAAAGCUAACAGAUAAUGCAAAUUCUUUUGUAAAAACACUCAGGCAGCAGACACUACUCUCUAUCAGAAAAGGCAUUCCUGGCUUGUGUAAAUCCAUUGGGCAUGCUUCUAACCCAAAGUGGAUAGCAUUUUGGUACAUCACAUAUAGUCCCCCCCCCCAGUUGUCUAUGAAGUAAGUACAAAUCCACAACUGAAGUUUCAGCAGCUGGCUUGUGCUAAGAGAGAGCUAGUAUGUCUGGGGUGCUUAGAAAAUAUCCACCUGGCGUGCAAAUAAAUCCUUUUCUAGAAUCUAGGAAUCUCUAUAAAGAGAUUCAUUUGGCUGGUGGUCUGCCAAAGUUAUACUGUGGUGGGCUGUGCUUUGCAACUAAAGAUUCCUGUUUCUCCCUUACUACUGUGGAUGAAAAUGCCUGACCAACAUAGUUCUUUCAUCCAGAUGCUCUACCUCAAAACUGCAAAUCCUUGAAGCUCUGUUUAAGUUUAAAGUUGCCUCACUCUUUUAGCAUAAGCUGCCAAGCCAAAACAAAGAACUUGCAGCAGCUGGAGACACAUUAUUUUCAGCCGAGCCCCACAACUGUACAAGUUCAUCUGGGGUUUAGAAGAUCAGUUAGCAAAGAGACUCUUUGCUUUUGCAAAUGUUGUUUUUUUAUAUAUCUUGUCGUUGGUAGUGAUGUGGUCACUAAGCUUGCUAGACCUGUGUGAUAACUAUAGUGGCAGUGGAGAAUGAGUUCCUGCAGACAUUACUGACUUGCAUCAUAGAUGUUUUCAUUGCUGCUCAUGUUACUGUACCGGGUUAAACCUUCCAACUUUAUUUAAACAGAGCGCUACUUAAACUUGCUUAUAGACUGUAUAGUUUAAUCCUGGAAGCAUUUGCACCACUUUCAGCUGUUCAGAAAGAUGACACAAAGGACCAGUCUCUAAUUCUCAAGUUAAAUUUUUUGAGCCAAGAAACUAUCUUGCUAAUGCUUAUCCAGAGAGAGAAAGUAGUUUGAUCGAUGGACAAUGGGAAAUACACUGAACUGUGUUGCUUCAGGAAUAUGGAUUUUAUUGGGAUUUAUUUCUGAGUAAGCGUGCCCAGGAUGGCAAAGCUUUUCUUGCUGAAUUUCAGUGUGUUGCCUUCCCUCAAUCGCUUUGAUUGAGCUUCAAGCCAUUAUGUUGACAUCUUCAGCCUAACAAUGUUGCAGGAAAAUCAUUUUUGUGAGGGGUGUAUGUAACAGAGAGUUAUUCUGCUUUUCUUAGAACCCCUGUCUUGAAAGCUUCAGUUGUACAAGAGAUGCAUGGAGCCCUGCUUCCACCCUUUUCUCACUAAUCUGCUGCCACUAUUCCCUACUCUGCCCGAGAUGAAAAUAGCCAGUGGUUCAAUCUUUUCCCUUAAUAACGAACUAAAACCUUGAAGAAACUUGAACAUUCCUGGCUUGGUAUAUCUAGCAUUAGCUUGGUUAUCCACUGGAUGUCAGUGUUCAGCUGUAAAUGCAUCCAAGUGGAUAGGAGUAAGUGUUCUGCAACAUGUCUCCUCUGCAUGAACGACAUGCAGUCAAAUAUAACUAGAGUGCCAAUAUAAAAGGUCAGGAGAGUAGAUUUUUCAUUCUGACGACAGCGUAAAUCUUACAUUUGUUUGGAUGACCGGGGGGGGGG